AUGGACUGUGCGGACGGGAAUCUUCAUUGGGUAUUCACUGGGUCGUCCACAGGUAUCAGCAGGGCUGUGACGGAACUGGCCCUGUUCAAGGGCGACAAGGUUGUCACCACGCUGCGUACACCUUCAGACGUUGAUGUUCUCAAGACGAAGUACCCAGCAACACAGCUGUUGGUAACUAGACUGGACGUAACGCAACCUGACGAAAUUUUGAGCGCCUUCAAAGAAGCCAAAGGCAUCUUCGGUCGUGUCGAAGGGACGCCCGAGACCGCCGCGCGUGACGUCUUCGAAACCAACUUCUGGGGCGCGGCGAAUGUGAGCAGGGAAGCAGCUAUGACGAUGAGUGCAUAUGCGGGCACUGCACCGGCUGCGGGUGUCGGAUACCACAGCGCAAGUAAGGCCAGUGAGAACACUCUCUGGAAGCCUUUAGAUGGAGAGAUAGAUCCCAAAUGGAACAUCAAGACUUCUCUCAUCGUACUAGGUGCUGUACGCACGCCCAUAUUCUACAAGGCGGAGGUGCUAUCAUUCGCUCGCGGGUAUGAGGGUCAAACUGCAAGCCGGAGCAUUAUAAGGAGCGUAAGAGACUCGAGAUUACAGAUAGGCGACAGACCGCCUUUGAGGCUCGUCAUUGGCCUCGACUGUAUUGGAAUGGUAGAAGCUCACCUGGGCAGAUUACAACGAGAGUUGGCGGCAUACAAGCCAUGGUUGAGAGACCUGAAGGAAGAACGGGCAGGUCCGGGUCCGAAGUUGUAGUCGAAGACUGUCUAAACCGGAACUUAUAUAUUUAUCACCCUCAUUAGAUAGCUUCGCUGUACAUCCGAGAGAGGUGUGUAUGCAUUUUGCUGCAAAAAUCAGAGGUCAAGUCUGCACG